AUGGAGGCAAACUGCGAAAGAAGUAUGGGAAAGAGAAAGCACAGGGGUGAGGCCGCCAAGGAGGGCGGAGUGGGAAGGAGAGGUCCCGGGGCAAGGCGAACAGAGUCGAGCCGGGAACGGGAAGGAGGGGAGGGGACGAGGGCGAGGCAAAGCAAGAGGGAAAGGGGGAGAAGAGAGGGAGAGGAAGAGGAAGAGCGGCCCCAGAAGCAAGCCAGGGGGGCGACGAGGCGCGGCGGGGGGGCGGCGGCCGCCGCAAAAACCAGAGGGCGGAGAAGGAAGAAAGGAGAGGGCGGGAGAGAGAAAGCGCGCAAAAACCCAGAAGAAAGGCCAGCCGCAAGAACGGAAGGGAGGAGGGGGAAGAAACCGAACGAAAAGGAAAGGGAGGCCGCAGAGGGAGAGACGCCGAGAGGGCAAGAGGGGGGGGAAAAAGAGCGGGAAAGGCAAGAGGGGGCAGAGAAGGCACAGAGAAGGAAGGAGAGGGCGAAGAGGGCGAAAAAGGGAACGGGGAAGAGGGAAAGGCGAGAGGGGGCAGAGAAGGAAGGAGAGGGCGAAGAGGGCGAAAAAGGGAACGGGAAGAGGGAAAGGGGGAAAGGGAAAGGGAGGCGAGGAGGGCGAGGAGGAGAGGAGCGAGGGAGGAGAGGGGGGCGAGGGCAAGAGAAAGCAAGCGCAGGGCAGCGAAGGAACGACGGCAGGGAGGAAGGCAGAGGAAGAGAAAGACAGGGCCGGCCGAGACAGAAGGGGGAACGGGCGAGCCGCGGGCCGAGCAGGCAAAGAGGGACCGCCGGGGAAAGGAGGAGGCAGGCGGAGCGACAGGAGAGGCCAACGACAGGGCCAGAAGCCAGGGGGAGAGGGGAAAGAGGGGGACCGCCGGGCGGCGCGCCGGGGACACGGCGCGGCCCGCCGAGCCCCCGGGCGCCGCGGGCCACAGAGACAAAAGGGAGGACGGGGGCCAACAGGGCAGCACGGAAGAAAGGACGCACGAAGGCGGGAGCACGAACGAAGACGAAGCGAAGGAAGACGAAGCGAAGAGCGAAGAGAAGAGAAAAGAACGGGCGGGGCGGGAGACGGGCCCCGGGGCCGGGGCGACCGCGGGCGGGACGCAAGCGAGCGGAGGAGAGAGAGAGCCCGGCAACAGAGGGCAGCGAAAGGAGCGCGGAGACCCACCAAAGGACGAAAGCCAGGAGCGGGCAGAAAACGGAGGCCGAGGCAAAGAGGGCAGAACCGCAGGGAGAAGCGCACACGAACCCGGCAAGGGGGGAGCCAAAGGCGAGAGGGGCCGGGGGAGGGAGCGGGAAGGAAGGGGAAGGGAAGAAGAGCGAGGCAGACAGAAGAAAAGGGGCGCGAGGGAGGCAAACACGGGACCGAGGGGAGAGAGGAAGGGGAAAAACCGAAGAGGGCACAGAGGACGGGGAGGACGGGGCGGAGGGGGGCGGACCGGGCGGGCAAGGAGAAAAGGGGGCAAAGGCGACAGGAGCAAACCGAGGGGGCGGAAGGAAGGAGAGAAAAAAAGAGAGGGGAAAGGAGGAAGAGGAAAGCAAGAGAAAGAGGAAGGAGAAGAACCCAGAGGCCAAAGGAACAAAGGCAAACGGGAAAGGGAGCGGGCGGAGGCGGGAAGAAGGAGGGGCAAAGGGAGGGAGCAAGAAAGAGCGGGGGGCGGAGGAGAAGAGCGGGAGGGGAGCCGCAGAGGGGGGGAAAGAGAAGAAGCGGCGCCGGGGAGAAGAAGCAAAAAGGGACAGGGGGCAAGGGGAACAGGAAAACGGGACGCAAGGGGGCCGAGGGACGCGGCGGGGCGGAGGGGAAGAAGAGAGGGGAGGAGCGAACGCGGAAAAGGAGCCAAGGAAGGCGAAAGAAGGGAACGAGGAGCCGGAGGAGGGGAAAAGCGCAGGGACGGGGCGGGAGAGGGGCAGGAAGGGGGACGGAGCGGGCAACGGGGCCACGAGCACCCCCAAAAAACCAAACGCGGCCGGACGGAAAGGGGCCAGAGGACGAGGAACCGCGGGAGGGGAAAGCACGGCGGAGAGACCCGGCAGCGGCCAGAAGGGACAAGAACAGGCGGGAGGCGGAGGAAGAGGGGGAAGGGGGAAGGAGGGACCCGGGGGGAGAGAGCACAGGGGGCGAGGAACCCGAGAGGCGGGCGGAGGAAAGGAGCGGCAACAAGGGCGGGCGAGGGCGGGGGAGAGGCGGAGCCAAGACGGGGAGCAGGGAGGAGGCCACGGGAAGCGCGAGAAACAGGGGAAGGGGAGGGCGAACCCAAGAACGAAAGGGGCGGAAGGGGACGGGAGCAGGCGACCAGGAGACAAAAGAGCGGCGGGCGAAAGAAAGGCGAGGCGGAACGCGGAGAGGGCCAAGGGGCAAGAGGGAAAGAAGGGCAGAGGGGGGCCCGGACGGGGGCCGGGGCAACAAACAAGGCGAAAGACCGCGACGGGGGAGAACAGGGCCGAGGCAAAGAGCAAGGAGGCGAAGCACGGCGGGGACACGAGGGAGGAAACCCAAGGACGCAAGCGGAGGGAGAGGGAAAAGACAGGAGGGCCAAGCCGAGCAGGAAAGGGAGGGAAACGGAGACGCAAGGGAAAGGGAGGAAACAGAAGGCCAGACGCGAGCGCAGAGAGACAGAGAGAAGGCGGCGGAAAGCCGGAGGCGAGGAAAGGCGGAGGGACGGCGGGGAGGGAGAGCGGCAGAGCGGGCGAGAGCCACCCGACAAGAGGGGGGAAAAAAGCCAAAAGAAGGGAGGGGAGCCCGGAGAAAAAGAAAACGGAGGCGGGAACCCCGGGCACGCGCAGGGCACGGCGAGGGACGGCAGAAAAAAAAACAGCAAAAGCCGAGCCAAGGGAGCGGAAGCGAGGAGGGAACAGGGGGGGGAACCGGAGGCGGAAACACGGAAAAAAAGCAGGGGCGGAGCAAAGGAGCGAGCGAGCCGGGAAAAAGAGGCAACAAAAAACAGAAACAAAGCCACGAGCCGGGGGACGGCAAGCAAGACGGGGAGGACGCCCAAGAGAACAGGAAAAGCAAGACGGGGAGGGGGAGCGACGCAGCAAGGGCCCAGGGAAAGAGGAGCCACACAAGGAAAAGCACGGGCCGGGCGGGGGGGAGGAGCGGCAGCCCGAAAACGGCCGGGGCGAGAGAGGGCGGGCAAAGGAAGGGCCGAAGGAGGGGAGGCGGCCAAAGGGAGGGGCGAGGCCAGACGCAAAAAGGAAGAAACGCGGAGAAGGGCAGAGGCAAAGAGAGCGGGGGCGCAGGGGCGGGAAGCCAGGAACAGGAGCGAGCCAGCGCGAGCGGAAAAGAAGCAAGAGAAAAAGAAAGAAGCAGAAGGGAGCGAGAGAGGGCGCGAAACAAACGAAAGAGGAAACAGAAAGCAGGGAGCAACGAAGCCCGCGCGGGGACGGGCGGAAAGAGGAACCGCAGGGAAAGACCAGGGAAGAAGGGGGAGCCGAGGCAGGGAGAGGCCGGAAAGAGGCCAGGCCAAAAAGGGAAAGGGCGACACAAGGGGGAGGGGGGGGGGGAAAGGGGAAGCAGGGACGAAGGCAGGAGCGGGCAGGGACAGAAGGAAAACGGCAGGCGCGAGGCGACGAGAAGGGGGAGGAAAGCCGGGCAGGGGCGGCGCGGCGAGGGAAGGGGGAGGGGCCCAGAAGGGAGCCGAAGGGGGGGCCGAAGGCGGCGGCGGAGGAGCGAGGCAACCGCGGAGCAAAAAGAGAGACCGGGGGGAGAGGGCAGCGCGGCAACAAGGGGAGGAAGGAGCAGAACGGCCCGAGGGGGCCGAGGGAGAGAAGAACCGAGGAGGAGCGGGGCGGGAAAGGGCCAAACGAACAAGGGCAACGAAAGCGGGCAAGGGCGGAGGGGACGAGGGGCAACGCGAGGAGGCCGCGAGCCGGAGAGGACAGGGAAGGGACAGAAAGGGCGAGAACAGAGGGGCGCGGAGGCGGAGGAACAGCGACGCGAGGAGGAAGGGGGGAGGCCGGGGCGAACGAGGGCAGAACGAGCGGGGGAGCGCCAGAAGGGGGCAGGGGAGGCGCCGACCGAGGAGCGGGAGAGACCAAGAAAGAGGGACGGGCGAAGGAGGCGACGAGGAAAGAGGACGCAGGGGGGGGGCAAGCGCGGCGAGGCGGGGGCAGGGGGCGCGGGGCGAGAGGGGGAGCCGGGGGAGAGAGGGAGCGGCAAGAAAGAGGGAAGGGGCGGAGCAAGACACAAAGGGAGAACGCCCCAGGAAGGGCAAGGCGCGCAGAGGCAGCACCGGAGGAAGGGGGGGCAAGCGGGCCCCAGCCCCGGCGCAGCAAGGGACGCCGGACGGAGACGAAGGAGGGCGGGGCGGGCGAGAAAGGCCGAGCGAGCGCGGAGAGGGGGGAGGGGCAAAACGCCAGGGACAGGCAGAAGAGAAAGGCGAGCCCCACGCGGACCAAGACAGAACGGGGACGGGGCAAAGAACAAGGAAGGGGAAGCAGGGGCAGGAACGACGAAGCGCGGGAGGAGAAACAGAGCCAGGGGGCAAGGGCGGGAGGACGGGGAGGGCCGACAAAGGAGCGGACGAAGGACGGAGACAAGACGGGAAGGCGCGAGGGAGAGGCGACAGAGGGGGGGCGCAGCCGGCAGAGACGACGAGGGGAAGAAGAGCAGCCGGCGACAAAAGGAGCACCCGAAGAGGAGCAGCGCGGGGCGAGGGAGAACGAAGGAAAGCAGAGGGGGCGAGGGCGCAAGCGGGCGGACGGGCGCCGACGGAACCAAGGGCGAAAAGAGGGAAAAAAGCAGGCAGGCACAACCACGGAGGAAGGAGGCCGCGAAAAGGGCAGGAGGAGGAAGCCGGGGAGAAAGCGAAGGGAGGCGGGCGGAGACAGACGCGAGGAAGGGAAGCAAAAAAGAAAGAAGAACCCAGCGGCGGGCGGGGAGCACGGAGGAGCCGGGGGAGAGGAAAGGCGCAGGCACGGGGGGGAAGGAGAGAAAGAAGGGAGGAAGCCGCGGGGCGACGCGGACGCGCCCACCCCAGGCGGGGCGGGGCGGGCGGGGACGGCGAAAGGAGCGGCGGCAGCGGCAGCCACGCGAAGGGGCGAGAGGCCGGGGAGGCGCAGCAAACGAAGGGCAGCGGCGGCGGGAAAGCCGAGCGAGGCGGAGCAGGAGAGGGGGAAAGCGCAGGGCGAGGACGCAAACAAGCAGGAAACGGAGGCGGGCCGAGGCGGCCAGAGGGCAAAGCGGAGAGGGCAGGAGGGGAAGAAGGGGGGGAGACGCAAAGGAGGGAGAGGCAAGCAGGAGAACGGAGAGGCGGGGCGAGAGCGCCAGGAAGCGAGGAGCGGGGGCGGGCAGGGGAGGAGGGGGCGACGGACCGGAACGGAGAACAGGCGAGAGGAGGCAGGAGGAGACACAAAGGAGCCGGGGGGGCGCGCGCGGGAGCCCGAGGGCGCGGAGCCCGAGGGGGGCGGCCGCCACGAGCAGGGGGGGCGGAAAACGCGAGGGAGGCGGGGGGGGAGGGCAGGCAGGCCGAGAGGGCGGGGGGGGAGAGGACGCCGGACAAGCGGGGGGGCGAGCGACGAGGAGCGAAAAAGCAGCAAGGGAGGAAGGACGGGACGAAACCAAGCAAGAACCCCGCACGGGCGAAAGGAGAGAAGAGCCCCAGCAAACAAGGCCAGCGAAGGGAGGAGGAGGGAGGGGGGAGAGCAGCGACGAGACCAGGAAGAGCAAGGAACCCGAGGAGGGCAAGGGCGCAGGAGACCCGGGGGAGCGGCGAGGGGCGAGGGCGGAGGGCAAAAGCCCGCGGACGAACGGGAAGCAAAGAGGCGGAGAGCGGGGCCGCCCAAAAGGGGCGAGGGGGAGGAACGGAGAAGCGGAGGAGCGAGGCGAGGCCAGGAGGAGAAGGGCAGGCCAGACCGGACCAGGGCGGAAGAGGGGGAGGCGCAGGAGGAGAAGGGGCCAGGCGAGGGGAGCGAAAGAGAGACGAGGGGGCCAGAGGGAGCCCGACGGCGGGACAGGCCAGGGAGGAGGAGGAAGAGACGGAAGCGGACCGGCGGGGACAGAGCGCGCGGGGAACCCGAGGCACCGCGGGGAGGGAAGCGAGAAAGAGGGGGAGGGGCCAGCGGGGGAGAGAGAGAAGGCAGGCGCCGGAGAAGGCAAAGCGAAGCAAGGGGAGGGCCAACGCGGGCCGAGAGGACAGGACCGAGCGAGAGAAAGACGCCACCGGGGGCAGAGAGGCCAGACAGGACACGAGAGAGAGAGCAGAGGCAGGGAAGACGAGGCACGGGCAAGAGGCCGGGGGGGGAAAGGGGAGACACGCGAGACGCAAAAGCGCGGGCGAAAGAGCGGGGAGGGGCGAGGCCGCGGCAAGGCAGAAGAGGGAGAAGGCGCAGGGAAGGAGCAAGGCAAGAAGAGAGCGCGGAGCGAAGCGGGAGAGCAAGACCGAGGCGAGCGAGCCGAGCGCGGGGAAGAAAGGCGGCAGCGGAGCGCGAAAGCGGGGGGAGCGCCGCGAGCGAAGGAAGGGGGAGGCGGCGGGCAAAGGGAAAAGCGGCCGCCCGGCACCCAGCCCCCGAGGAGAGGCGGCAACAGGAAGCACACAAGGGGAGAGGAGAAACCGCCGGGAAAAGGCCCGCCCGGAACCCAGGCAAGGCGGGGCCACGGAAGCCCGCGGGCAGGGCCACAGAGCGGGCCGGCGAAGGAAGGGGAAAGCGGGCGCCGGGGACAGGAAGCCAAGGGCAGGGCAGCCGGGAAAAGCCAGCGGGGCGCAACAAAGGCGGGGGCAGGGGAGCAAAGAGGGGGCCGGGAGAGAGGAACAGAGGGGAGAAAGACGGAGAACGCGCGGAGAGAGGAGGAGAACGGAAAGAGCCAGGAGAGAAGGAACGAGGGGGGCGAAGCCAGCGCGGACGAGGAAGCAACAAGGCGAAGGGCGGGGCGGGCGGAGGCGGGAGAAACCAGCGGGGAGAGGGAGAGCGAGAGGGAGAAGGCGCAGCAGGGGGGGAAGGGGGGGCAGGAAGAAGCCCCGGGGACAGCGCGGCAGCGGCAAAGAAGGCGCGACGGGAAAACACAGAGCCAGGGGACCGAGCGGGGAAGAGGAAAAAGAGGGGAGCGGCGGGGGCCCAAAGGAAGGGGCGGAGGCGAAAAAAGCCGGGGCGGGGGAAGAGCGAGCGCGGGGCGGGGACGGCAGGGGGCCACGCGGCAAGAACGCCGAAGCAGGCGCGGGAAGCGCAGCCGCGGGAGCAGAAAAGAGCCGCGGGCCCCGAAAGGACCGGGACCAAGAGGAAAAGCCCAAGGCAGGGGGCCGGGCGAGACAAAGAAAGCCCCAAGGGCGCCAGAGGCGAGGAGCCCAAACGAGGGGAGGGAAGAAAGCCGCCGCGAGCGGGGCGGGGCAAGGGGAGGGGCAAGGGCGCCGGCGGCAAACGCCGAGGCGGAGGGGGCAGAGAGAAAGAGCGGAGCAAGGAGAGAACAAGAGCCGGGGGGCAGCAGAGCGAAGGGAGGCCGCGGGGCGGGCCGAAGAAGCAAGGGCACGCGAGCAGGAGCAAACGGACGGCAAGGGGGCGGGCCGCGAAGAGCCCACCAGAGCGCCGGCGACGGCGAAGAGGCCAGGAACGAGAGCAGAAGCAGGCGCAACGAGGCCAGAGGAAGGGAGCCCAGGGGGGCAGCGGGGCCGGGGAAAGACCAAAGAGCGGGAGCGACCGAGCCGGCAGAACAACGCAAAAGAGAAAGAAGGAGCGGGAAGGGCGGCAGGCGCGGGCCAAGGGCGAAGGACCAGGGGGACAAAGAAGAAGCCCCGGCGGGACAGAAGGGCGGCGGCAGAGAGAGAGAGAGAGGAGCGAGGGGACAAGGACGGAGAAGGACAGGGGGGGCGACAGCCCGGCCGAGCGGAGAGAAAAGGAGCCCAGGAGCCGGAACCGAGCGGACCGGGGAGCGCAAAGCCCAAGGGGGGCGAGGAAGAGCGGAGCGAAGGGGAGGAGGGGCGAGAAGGGAGGGCGGCGGGGGAAGACGAAGCGAGAGGACCGCAGGGGGAAGGGCGACAAGAGCGCGGGCAGGGGGCCCCAGGGGGAGGGACCCGAAGCCGGGAGGAGGGAACAGGGCGGGGCCAAGGGAAAGCCCCGAGGAGAGGAAAGAGGGAAAAAGGACGGGCGGGGGGGGGAAGAAGAAGCCGGCGGAACGGAAGGCACGGAGGGAAGGGGGCGGAGCGAGGAGAGCGGGAGCCACGGGGGGGGGAAGAGGAGGCGAAGCAAGAACAAGAAGAGGGCGAGGAGAACAGCGGGCACAAGCCCGGGAGAGAGGGGGCACGAAGAGACCGAGGGAGAAGGAAGGCGACGCAGGCACAGCCAGAGCAGGAAGGGGGGGAGCCAGAGGAGGCAAGGAGACAGGGCGCGGGCGAAGGCGAAGGGAAGGGGGAGAGACAAGCGGGGGAGGGCCGCCAGCAGCGCCGGAGCCAGAGGGAGCGCAGGCAGCCAAGGGAGCAGGGCCAGCGCCGGAGCAAGGGCACGAGCGAGAGCGGCACGAGCAGCAAGAGGGGCACGAGCAGCAAGAGCGAGAGCGGCACGAGCAGCAAGAGGGGCACGAGCAGCAAGAGCGAGAGCAGCAAGAAAGGGAGGCGGCGGAGCCAGGAACGGGGGAAGAAAGACCGGAAGGAAAGGAACAGAGGAGGGGGGCGCGAGGGAGGGGACCAAAGAGGAGCGGCCAGGGCCGAGAGAACCGAGCACGAAAAGACCCCGAGAGGGGGAGAAGGCGAAGCGGAGCGAAAAAGGGGGGCCAGGAGAGGGGAAAGGAAAACGAGGAGCCCCAGACGAAGGGGGGGAAGAAGGGAGGGGCGGAGAAGGAGCAAGGAAGAGCCGGCGGGCGGCGAAACAGGAGAGAGGGAACGCAGAAGGCAGGAGAGGCGGGGAGGAAGGGCAACCAAGGAGCGGAAGGAAAGGGCGCCCGGGGGGCAAGCAGGGGAGAACCAGAGGCAGGCGGGGAGAAAGGAGCACGAGGAGGCAGACGCAAGAGAAGGCGGGGGCGGGCGGGAAGGCGGAGAGCGGAACCAAGAAGGGGCGGGCGGCCGCAGGAAGCGAAGCACGGGGCGCGACCCAGGAGGCGAGGGGAGCAGCAAGCCAAGCCCCGGGCACGGGGGGCGGGGGCGGAGCAAGGAAGAGAGCGCGGGACGGGGAGGACGGAGAGGGCGCGGAGGGAGAGAAAAAGCGAGGCGAGGGAGGGGAAAGAGAAAGAGAGGCGGGAACCAGAAAGAAGGCGGGGCAGACGGAGGAGACGGAGCGAGAAGGGGGCGCAACGCAAGCGCAAGCAGGGAGGAGGGAAGCAGCAAAGAGGGGACCGGGGCGAACGCGGGCGGGAACGCACGAAAGGGCGGGGAAACAAAGAAAAGAGGGAGAAGAACGAGAGAGCCAGCAACAAGAACAAGGAAAAGGAGGGAAGAGAGGAAGGCCCAAACAGGGGGGAGCGCAGAGGGGGCGAGAGCAACGACGACGGAGGCGGGGAGGGCGAGGAAGCAGGGCGGGGGACAGAAGAGGAGGGAACCAGGGACGCGAGAGCGCACGGCGGAGAAAAAAGGGCAGCGGCCACAAGGGGGGCGGAAGAAGGCGCCACGAGAGACCCAGAAGAGCAGGAAAAAGGGAGACACGGCGACGGAGGAGGGACAAGAGGGCGGAAAAAGGAGCGAAAAAGAGCGAAGGGAGAGAGGGGGACCCGGGCGAAGGAAAGAAGCGGGGCAGAGAGGGGGGAAGAGAGGCCAGGGGGGGGAGAGAAGGGAAAAAGCACGAGCGCGGGGAAAGGGGGGAGACAGCCGCCCGGGCGGAACCCCAACGCAGGGCGGGAGACAAAGACGCGGGGGGCCGGGGGCGGAGGGGAAAGCGGGCGCAGAACAGGGAAGGGGAAGCAAACCGAGAGGGGAAGGGAAAGGGGGACACGCAGGAAGGGGCGGGCCGGCGGAAGCAGAGAGAGGCAGAGCGGAAAGAGGGGGACAAGAAGGGCGGGCAAAAGGGACAAGGGGGCCCGCGGGGAGAGGGGGGCCAGAAGGGGCGACGAGCGAAGAAAGAGCGCGACGAACGAAGGGAGCGGGGCGACGGAGAAAAGGAAAAGAGGGGGCCAAGGGAGACCGGGCGGCACCACGGGGGGGAAAAGCGGGAGGGAGGAAGAGGGGAGAGACGGGGGACGCGAGGGGGGAAAGAGGAGGGCGCCCCCCAAAAACAGGGGGGGGGGACCAACGCACAAAGAAAAGCGGGGCGGGCGAAGGAACAAGAGAGGAGAAAGGGCCCAGAGAGAAAAGAGGAAGGAGGAGGACGAGCCGGGGCCACAGAAAAAGGGAAGCGGGGGGACAAGAGAAGCAGAAGGGAGGCGGAGGAGGCAAGAAGCGAAGGCGAGGGGCGGGAGAAAAAGAGGAGAGCAAGGAACGGCGGGGAAAGGGGGGCCCGGGAGGCAGCCAAGGGGCGGGAGCGGAGAAGAGCAGGGAGAAAGAGGAAGCGGGGGAGCAAAGGAGGGCCGGCGAGGAGGGCGAGGAGGGAAGGAGGCAAGCAGCCGCGGGGGGAGCGGAGGGAACAAAAAGGGGGAGAGGGGGCCGCCAGGGAGCAAGAAGGGCGAAGGACCAGCAGCAGCCAGGAAGAAGGGGGGCAAGGGGGCAAAGGAACAAGGGGAAAACCGAGCGAGGCGAACAACGGAGGGCAGAGGGGAGCAGGCGGACCGGGCAAGGCAGAGAGGGGAGGCGGACCGAGGAAGGGGGGGAGGCCCAAAACGGACACAGGAAAAAGGAAAAGAAAGGGAAGGAGACAAAAAGAAAAGCAACGGGGCCAAAAAACGAAGGGACGGGCCCAAAAAACGAAGGGACGGGGAGAAAAGGAAAAAGAAACGAAGGGACCGGGACCACGGGGGCAAAAAGAAAGGAAGCAACGGAGACACAGCGGGGGCGAAGGGCGGGCAAACCGCAGAAGAAGGCAGCAAAAAGGGAGGAAGACGAAGACGGGGAGAAAGACGGAAGGGAGCAAACAGGACGGGAAAACGGCGCGGGGGCACGGGAAAAGGCACGGGAAAACAGCGGGGCGGCGCAGAAAGGAAAGGGGCCAAAGGGGCCGGGCAAGGCGGGCGCCCAGGGGACCAGGGGGAGAGAGAGGCAGAAGCGGGGGGGAGCAGAGAGGGCAGGAGAGGGCGAGGACGGAGAGGAGCCGGGCCGGGGGAGCCCGGGGAAGGCCAGAGGCGAAGGGGCGAGCGGAGCGAGGCAGGAAAAAGAAGCGAGGCAAGACACGGCGGAGGGACCGAGGAGAGGGAGGGGAAGCAGAGGGCGGAGCAAGCGAGAGGGAGGGACGGCGGCCAGGAGGGGAGGGCGAGCAAAGACCACCAGGGGGGGCGGGAGAGCGCCCAAACCAGGCCCGCAGGAGAGCCAGACCCGGGGGGGCGGAGCCGGCGAAAAAAAGAGGCAGGCGCCGCAGAACGAAAAAGAACAGGAGACAGAACCAAGAAAGAGGGCGGGGGCGAGGCAGCCCGGGGGGGAAGACCGCAGGCAAGAAGGGGGGGGAGCCAAGCCGGACGAAGCAAGAGAAAAAGAAAAGCCCGGAGGAGACACCAGAGCCGGCGCGGGGAGGGAGAGAGGAAAGAGAGCGGCCAGGGCGGGCAAGCGCGCGGCGGAGGCAAAAGCAGGGGGGAACGCGGAGCCGCCCCGGGGCCGGGCAGGGAAGCGGGGAAAGAAAGCAAAAAAGGGAGGGGGGGAAAGAAGGAAAGCGGAGGGGAACGGGCCAGAGCCGGGGCAGCCGGCGGAACCAGAGCACAGCCCGGAGCGAAGGAAAGAGAAGGAAGGGAGAGAGGAGGGGGAAAGACGGAAGGAGGGGGAAGAAAGGAAGCAGGGCGGGAGGGGCGGAGCGCCGGACAAAAGAAAGAGGGGGCGGCAACAAGGGCGGCGCGCGAGGGGACCGCGCAGGAGGAGGCGAACCCAGAGGAAGGGCGGACCAGCGAGCAGAGAAAAAAGAACGAACGGAGCGGGGAGCAGGCCCAAGAAAGGCGGCCAGGGCGGCCGGAAACAGAGGAGGAAGCAGCGGGGGCGCGCGGGCCGGGAAGAGCGGGGACAGGGAGGAAGAGCCAGAAAGGGGGGCGGGAAGCGGGCGGAGGCGAGCGCGGGGCGGGCCGGGGGAAGAAAGGAAGGAGCCCAGGGAAGCGAGCGGGCGGCGAGGGGGGGAAGCGCGCGGGGAGGGAGCAAGGGGCGAGAGGCCGAAGCCGCAGGACGAAGGGAAGCCAAAGGAGGGGAAGCCAAAGGAGCGCGGGAGGGAGCAGAGGAGCCGGGCAGGGGGCGAGAAGCCGGGACGGGAACGAAACGAGACCGGGGGGAAGCAGAGGGAAGAGGGGACCAGACAGGCCGGACCGGGCGAAAAAACCGAGCCGGCGGGCCCAACCACACAGGGCCGAACCAAAAAGACGAGGCGGGCGGAGGAGGCCCCCAACGAGGGAAGAAAAGGAAGAGAGCGGGGCGGAAGGGCCACAGAGGAAAGGGAGGACAAGGGGGCAACGAGAGAGCCCCCGGGGGGCGCGAGAAGAGAGGGGAAACAGGCGCAGGGGGGGGAAGAAAAGCCCCGCGGCAAGGGGGCGGGGGCACGAAAAGCAGACAGAAGAGAAGAAAGCCAGGCGGGCGCGAAGCGGGCCAAGAAAAGAGGAGCAGCCAAGGGCCAAGCAGGGGCCGGGGGGGGCGAAGCAGCAGCCAGAGAAGAGACAAAAAGAAACGCCAGAGAGGGGCGAGCGGGCGCGGGGAAGAAGAGCGCAAGGGCGGCGACGGGGGCAGGAGAGAGCGGACAACGAGAAGGCCGCGGGGGAGGGAGAGAACCCCAGGACGCGCGGGCCGAGGCAGGAAAGAACGCGCAGAGAGCGGGGGCCGGGGGGAAGAGACAGGAGCGAAACAAGCAACCGAGGGAGAGGGGAAGACCCAACAGCGGCGGCCAAGCGAGCAGGGCGGGGGCCAGGGGAAGGCAGAGGGAGAGGAAGAAACCCGGGCAAAGAGAGGGGGGGGCGGGCGACCAGAGGGCGAGGGGGAAGACGAGAGAGAAGGACCGCGACGACAAAGAGGAGGACGCCCCGGAGCGGGAAAGAGCGAGGGCGGGGGGAACCCGGGAAAGGGCGGGAAAGGAGAAGACGAAAAAGGCGGGGGGCAAAGAGGGGGAGAAAACGGGCGGGGGGGAAAAAAAGGGGAAGAAAGGAGCCCACGGAAGGGAAGGGGGGCACGAAGCGAAGAAAGAGGGAGAAGGCGGGAGCGCGCGCAGGAGCGCGCGCAAGGCGAAAAGACAGAACGGGAGGGGAGGGGGGCAGGAGGGGCACCCCAGACGGGAGGGGAGGGGGGCAGGAGGGGCACCCCGAGAGGGCAGCGCAGGGGAGGGGGAGGGCGGGGAGGGGAGGGAAGGGAGGGAGGGGAGGGAAGGGAGGAGGGGAGGGGAGGGAGGAGGGAGGGGAGGGGAAGGGAAGGGAGGGAGGGAGGAGGGGAGGGGAGGGAAGGGGAGGAGGGGAGGGGAGGGAGGGAGAGGAGGGGAAGGGAGGGUGAGGAGGAAGGGAGGAGGGGAGGAGGGAAGGGAGGGGAGGGGAGGGAAGGGGAGGAGGGAGGGAGGUGAAGGAAGGAGGGGAGGGGGAGGGGAGGGACGGAGGGGGAGGAGGGGAGGGGCACCGGGGACAAGGGCCCGGGGAAGCAGCCAGGGCGGAGGGGGAAAGCGCCCAACGCAGAAGGGCGAAGGCGGAGGGGCAAGGCCGACGGGAGGCACGCAAGCAGGACCGGGGAAGCGCAGCCAGACAGAACGAAGGGAGGGCACAGAACACAAGGCAGAGCCAGAGCAGAACAGAGCGAGCGAGAGGGGGGCAGAGAGGAGAGAGAGAGAGGGAGCAGAGAGAGAGGGAACGAGAGGAACAGGAAGAACGAGCAGGCGGAGGGAGACGGGAACGCAGAAAGAGGAAGAAAGCGGCGAGCGAACGCGGGGGGGGGGCAAGGGAAAGGGGGGAAGAGCCAGCGCCGGCCGCAAAGAGGAGAAGAAGGGGACAGACAAGGAGACGGGGAAGCAGGACGCGGCAACCGGGGGAGGCGAGGCAACCGCGGAAAAAGAGAAAGAACGGCAAGCAAAAGACGGAAGAGCAGGGGGAGACAAGGAGACAAAACGGAGACCCCGAGGACACGCAAGGGAACCGGAAAGGGCAAGGGAAAGCACGCGAGGAAAGAAGGGGAGCGAGGGGACAGCAGCGGGGGGGAAAGGGCGGAAGGCCAGAGGAAGCAGGACCGCAAGGCAGAGAGGGGAGGGCAGAAGCGGCGAGACCGCGAAAAGAGAGGGGCGACGGAAGGAAAAAGACAGAGAGGGGCGAAGCGAGACCAGAGAAGACGACCCGAAGCGAAAGGCAGACAGGGGGCGCAGACACGAGGGGAAGGGGGAGAAGAGAGAGAGGGGACAGCCAGGGGGGCGAGAAGGGGAGAGAGCAGGGGGGCGGGACAGAGGGGCGAGAAAAAAGCGGAAAGGCCCGACCGGGGACCGAAAGGCCCGGAGGCACGGCGAGACAGAACAGAGAAAGCACACGGGGAAAGGAGGGGGGACAAGGAGCGAGAGCAGCGGGGGGCGGGCGCGAAAACGGAGGCCAAAAGAGGGAAAAGCAGCCACAAGAAAAGGACCGGCGGGGGAGGGCCGGGGAGAGCCAAAAAACGGCGCAGCAACAGGCGGACAAGGGCGGGAAGGGGCUGGGGGAACCAGAAAAGGGGGGGGAGAGCCGGAGCGAAACGGGGGCGAGGGAAGCGGCCGGGAGGAAGAGGAGGAGGGAGGAAACCGGGAGACCAGCCCCAGGGAGGGGGGAAGGGAGAGCGCCAAGGGGGGAGAAAAAAAACCACAACCCGGGGGGGAGCCGGCACGGGGAAGAAAAAGGAGAAAAAGAAAGAAAGAGAGGGAGAAGGGCAGGCGGCGGCACCGGAGGAAGGAGGAAAGAAAAGCGAAGGGAGGCGGCAAAAAAAAAGAGAGAGGAGGCAGCGGGGGCACGGGCACGAAAAAAAAGCCCGGGGAGCGAAGCAGGGAGGAAAAAAAGGGAGAGCGGAAACAGCAAGCAGAAAAGAAAGAAGAAGACGGGGGCCGGGGAGCCACCAGGAGACGACAAGGAGGGGCAGACGAGGGCCAGCCAGAAGGGAAAAGAGCAGCGGCCGAGGGAGAGAACGGAGCAGAGGGGAGGGACACAAAGGGGAGAAGGGGCAGCGACGGGCAAGGGCCGAGGACACACAAAAGGGAGAAGAGACGCGGCGGCGGGAAGGGGAAGACGAAAAAGACGAAAAAAAGAGCGAGAGGCGGAGGAGGCAGGAGGAGGAGGCAACGGGAGGGACCAGCGGGCGAAAGAAGAAAAAACCAGAAGGAGACGCGGGAGGGCAACAAGAGCGAGGGCGGCGGACAAAGCACGAAGAGGCAGGGACCAAAGGCGGGGCGGCCGAGGAGAAACACGGAGAGAGGAGAACGAAGGCCGAGCGAGCAGGGGAGCCCAGGGGAAAGGGGGGAGGCGGCAGCAGCAAACGCGAGGACACGAGGGCGGCCAAGGAAGCCAAGGGAGGGAGGAGGAAAGCGGAAGGGAAGGAGGGGACGACCGGAAAGAAAGCAAACCGCGAGCGCGCGGACGGAGGGAGCCGAGAAAAAGACACCGGCCAGAGAACGAGGGGACGAAAGAGAGAGCGGGAGACGAGGCGGAAGCGAGAGAGCGCAAGGGGGAAAAAAACCGAGAGGGAAAAAAAAAGGCGACAGCGAGGGCAGAGGAGGAGCGCCAGAAGAGAGGGGGGGGAGGGGACAAAAAGAAAGCCACGGGGGGCAGACGGGGGACAACCAAGGGCAGCAGGCCCGGGGGGGGCACAACCAAAAAAGGAGGCGGAAAGGCGACAAGAAGAGCAAAAAAGAAGAAGGGGAGCAAGAAGGAGGGACAAAAGAAGAGGAGACAGCCGCGGGCGGCACGGGAAGGGCACGGAGAGAGAGGCAAAAAGGAAGCGAGCGGAGCAAAGGCAGAAGGGGGAGGGAGGGCCAAAAGGAGGAAGAGAAAAGAGACCGCGAGCAACACGAAGAAGGACAAAGGACGCGACAAAAAAAAGGGAGGGGAAACGAAAACGGAACAGGGCGAGCACAAGAAGGGCAAAACCGGACGGAAACCCGAAGAGGCGGGCGAAGGGAGAGCCGGACAAGGGAAAGAAGAGAGGGGCAGGGCGAAAAGCAAGGAAAAAAAGCGAGGGAAGGAGCGGAAAAAGCAGAGACAAAUAGGCAGCAACGGCGCAGGAGCGGGAGCGAAGAACAGGCACGAGAGGAGAGAGAGGAGAGGCAGAGCGCGGGGAGCAACGGCGAGGGGGGGGCAGAAACAAAAAAGAGGCGAAGGGGCAAAGCAAAAGAGAAGAGAAAAAGAGGGGGAAAAGGGAAGGAGGAGAGAAAGAGAGAAAAAGAAGCGCAAGGAGUGAAAAGGCCAAGAGGGAAGGGCGAGCAGAAAAGGCAGGGGAAUAAAGCCAGGAAGACGGAGGAGCCAGACCCGAAGAAGGAAAGGAAGCAAGGAAGAGAAGAAGACAAGAAAAAAGCAAGAGCGGCGAGCCAAGAAAGACGGAGAAGAAGGGCGCAAGACGGGAGGGGAGGAGGCGACGAGCGCCAGGGGCAAAGGCGGACCGAACCAGGAAGGAAGAAGCGGAGGGGAACGACGGAACCGGCGGAAGGAAAAAGAGGCCAGGGAAAAAAAGAGGAAAGAGGCACGGCGGCGGGAGGGCGGAAGGAGCCGGAGAGCGAGGGAGCGAGGCGGAGAGCGGAGACGGCACGAGCGAGCCCGACAAACGGAAAGAGAAAGGGAAAGAGGAAGAGUGCGCCGCGAAAAACGGCGGGGGGAGGGCAAAAGCAAGAGGAGAAAGACAGAAGAAGGAGGAGGGACAGAAGAAGAAUACAAGAGGAGGAAAACGAAGAGGAAAGGAAGGAGCGAGGCAAACAAGAGAGAGAAAGGACGAACGAGGCGGCGGAGGCCGCAAAUAAGACAGAGAGAGCGGAACGGCAGGGGGGAAGAGGAGAGCGGAAGGAACGGAAAGGAACGGCAGGAGGAAAAAGCCAAAGGGGAAAGCCGGGAGGCGGGAGGCGCGCGGAGCGGAGGAGAAGAAACGCGCACGGCCGGGGCGGGAGGAGAGAGGGAAGGAGAAACAACCAGCAACGAGAACCCCAAAAGAACCAGAGGCCGGAAACAACAGAGAGGAUAGAAGGAAGGGGAGAGCGGCGGGAGGAAGCAGAGGGGGGCGGGCAAGAGCGCGGCAAGCACGGGAACGGCGGGGAGCACAGCGAGACAAAGAGAAAGCAGGGCGACGAGCAAGGCACACGAAAGGCACGGCGGGGGAAAGAGAGGGGACGCAGAGGGCCAGAGAAACAGGGGACUGGACGACCGCGGAAACACGGAGGGGGGCGGGAAAAGGGAGCCCCGGGAAGAGGGGGGAGCGGGGGAACCCGGGCGAAGUACGGGAGGAAGGGGGGGAGGAACAAAAAAGAGGGCCAGAAGAGCGAGGGCAAGAGCAGCAUGCCAAAAGGCCGAGACGAACGCAAGGCAGGAGGGCGGAGAGAGAAGAAAAAGCGAAAACCACCCGAAAGGAAGCGGAGGAAGGAAACAAAAACACAGGGGGGGUGUGCGGGGGGGGGACAAAAAGAGGGCGGGGGCGGCGCCCGGGGCAGGGGAAAAACAGAGGAAAAAAAAGGAGAGGAGGCAACCGCAGACCCAGGGAAAGGGAGCGGAAGAAACAGCGGGGCCGCGAGAAGGAGGGGGAGGCGAAGCAGAGCGAGCGAAGGCAAGCGCAGUAGGGCAUGA